AUCAGGGAAGCUUCACAGAAUUGGAUGCGGCACGCAUCGUCCGGCAAAUGGCAGCGGCGGUAACCUAUCUGCACCAAAACGGGAUUUGUCACCGGGAUCUCAAACCGGAAAAUAUACUUUUCGCGGGAAAAGAAAUGGAUUCCGAUAUCAAAGUGGCCGAUUUUGGGUUGUCAAAACUAACUUCGGACGAAUCUACACUCAAUACGGCGUGUGGUACACCUAACUACGUCGCGCCGGAGAUUCUGCGCCAGCACGGCUACGGCAAAGAGGUGGACAUGUGGUCCAUUGGCGUCAUUGCGUACAUUCUGCUGUGCGGCUAUCCGCCUUUCUACGAUGAAAACGAUGCACAACUCUUCCGCAAGAUUAUGAAGGGUGACUACGAGUUCACCCAUGGCUGGGAUGAGAUCUCGUCUUCUGCCAAGUCCCUGAUUGGUGCGUUGCUGCAAGUGGAGCCCUCUAAACGCCUGACGGCUGAGCAGUGUCUGGCCCAUCCGUGGGUCACUGGCAAGACAGCUCGCAAUGUCAACAUCAGUCAGUCCUUCAGCACUAACUUCCGCGCGUACAGUGAGAACUUGCACCACAGAGGCGCCAAGGGGGGUCAAUAGAUCACUCCGGGGGGUUCGUGACAUAGGCCUUCUUUUUAUCAAUCGUGCAUGAGGUGCUAUGUGGUGGUAUGAUUGCGAGGCAUCUAUGAGACACCAUUCUGCAUACGCUGUUUGUAUGUAUGUGUGUAGGCAAGCGUAUGUGUGUGUGUGAGAGAGCGAGUGAGGGAUCAUAAACGCAUAUAACCUCAUGUGUGAAUAGGCUAUGGAGACUGACGUUUACGUUCAUGUUCGGGGUCGUUCAGUACUCCCAAGUCUUGCGUGGUGCGCGCUAUAGUAUAGUGCGUGUUGCGUUGGUAUCUGUGGCAAAAACUUUAGCUUUGCAUCUUGUGCCCAUGGGAAGAAGACUGGAGACCAGGCACUAUUGCAAGGAGUGUAGGCUGGGUGUGGUGCAAGCGGACGAGAGUGGUGUUGCUAUGGCAACCGAGAGUAUACACUCAGGUGGAGAUCUGAGCAGAACGAGUGGAUCACGCACGGUAUAUGUGAAUUUGAUUGGGAUGUGAAUAAAUAAAUACUAUGCUGCAUUACGAACACUGUAUUUAUUGCGCUUAGACAUCCCCCC